AGGCAACUGAGGGCAAGUAGGAAGUUUUGGGGCAUAUUUAUAGCUAGAUAUUGGCCUCUAGACUAUUGCUAGUGAUUUGAAGCCAUGGUGAGUCAUUCUCGCCAAGUUUUGAGGCGUUUUUUACGCGGAUUAUGUGAGAUUUCACCCGCCCCAUCCCUAUAAUUAUAGAAUAUCUAUUGACAUCUGAUAAGGUGCUGAAGGGUUUGUCCACAAAAACAGUAUAUUAGCCAUUAUAUGCAAUAUUGCACAAGGCAACUGUACAAGCUGUGUGUCCACUCGCGGUUCUGAACUUCAGAGGUAAAAGUCGGCAAGUUAGGUAUAUACUCAUAUGUGUUGAUAUGUCGUGUUAGCAAGCUACCUCACUAUACACUCUCUGUAUUAUUAGGUGAUGUCACUGGCAAACACCCAGGCUACUGGACUGCCUCCCGGAAUAUUUGAGUCCAGUGGGAGAGGGAGGUGGAGGAGUCUACGACACAUCACAGUGCCUGCUUUUAGCAAGACAAAACUCUCCAUGAUGUCCCAGCAUCUGGAAAAGAGUUGCUCUGUGAUGUUUGACAAGAUGCUGGAACAGAGCUCUAUAGACUUGGACAUUGAUGUGCUGAAGCUCUACAAAGACUGUAUUUUGGAGGCCUCCAUACUGGCAGUCUUGGGGCAGGAAGUGUGGCUACAGAAAGGCGAAGCUGGCGAGUUUAAGUCAUGGAUGGAGCUGGGAGGAAAGAUAUCGCAUGGAACACACCCUCUUUCUCCCAUGUUCUAUGUCCCCGUGGAUCUCUUUAUUGGACAUCAAUUCCAGUGGUUUGUCAAGUUCUACUACUGGCUGGGUGCUGGGCGCUGCAUUCCAGCAUUUCGCAGGUUAAAGGGAGUCAUCACCAACUGCAUAUCUGAGCGAAGAACCAAAGCAAGGGAACAAAAGCUACAGGAGAACAGUGUUAUAGACUUGUUGGUCGCUGCCAGUGAAGGUACAGGAGAAGGCAAGGGAAUGAGUGAUAAUGAGAUCAUCUCAAACUGCCUCAUCUUCCUCUUUGCUGCCUACGACACGACAUCUCUCACACUACACCCUCCACUCUACACACCCUUGAACUGGCAGCAACCACCAACA